AACAUCUACCUCUUCUGGUCUUGGAGACCACCACCCACUCUGCAUUUAAGAAAAAGAUUUUUUUAUUUUUUAUUUUUUAUUUUUUUUACUUUCACGCGGGUUGAGUGCAAAAGGCUCGCACAGUCCGCGGCUACGGAGCUGGUUACCCGGACGAUCGGGAAGGUCUGGACAGUGACCGGACGCGGGGACUGGAAUAGAGCGCCCGGGCGAGUGUCGGAGACAGUGGGCCACUUGGGAAGCCGCGCGCCCAGCGCCCACGCCGCUCCCUCGCCCCCGCGCGCGCCCUCGGCCCCCGGCGGCCGCCGCGCGCUGCGGGAGACGCGGAGCCCGAGGACCAGGCGCAGCCGCAGCCGCAGCCGGAGCCCGAGCCGCGGGGCGGGCGCGAAGAUGCACACCACCCAGAAGGACACGACGUACACCAAGAUCUUCGUGGGAGGGCUGCCCUACCACACCACCGACGCCAGCCUACGCAAGUACUUCGAGGUCUUCGGAGACAUCGAGGAGGCGGUGGUCAUCACAGACCGGCAGACCGGCAAGUCCCGGGGCUACGGAUUUGUCACCAUGGCUGACCGGGCUGCUGCCGAAAGGGCCUGCAAGGAUCCCAACCCCAUCAUCGAUGGUAGGAAGGCCAAUGUGAAUCUGGCAUACUUGGGAGCCAAACCAAGAAUCAUGCAGCCAGGUUUUGCCUUUGGCGUUCAACAGCUUCACCCGGCCCUUAUCCAGAGACCAUUUGGGAUCCCCGCCCACUACGUCUACCCGCAGGCUUUUGUGCAGCCUGGAGUGGUCAUUCCCCACGUCCAGCCCACGGCAGCUGCGGCUUCCACCACACCGUACAUUGAUUACACUGGAGCUGCCUAUGCACAGUACUCGGCGGCAGCAGCCGCGGCCGCAGCUGCCGCUGCCUAUGACCAGUACCCCUAUGCAGCAUCCCCAGCUGCUGCAGGCUACGUGACCACUGGGGGCUACAGCUAUGCAGUCCAGCAGCCCAUCACCGCCGCUGCGCCCGGGACAGCUGCUGCUGCAGCUGCAGCUGCUGCAGCCGCAGCCGCCUUUGGCCAGUACCAGCCUCAACAGCUGCAGACAGACCGAAUGCAGUAGACCAGCCGUCUGAUCAAAGGGUUUCUCUUUCCCUCCCGAUUUCCCAUUUUUUAGUAGCUAAUGUGAAAGUUAACGUUGACCUAACGGCUUUAAAGGGAGAAGGCAAAGCUAGAGUGAAGCGGAGCUGUUACUUUUUUCCAUACUCCGAGUAGUGCUGCAGAUGGGAAGGGGAGAAAGGGAGGGCGAGAAACAGUUUUUGAAGUCAAUCCCAAAGAGCCCGAGUUACACAGAAUAGCCACUAGGAGAUGAUGGCAGGGGUACCAAUGGGACUUCACUUUUGUAAGGGGAUUUUUAUUUUUUGCUCUUUUUUAUAGUAUCAGGGAAGCAAACUGCCUUUUCCAAGUUAGAAACUGCUACGUGAAUCUAGUUGAACCAGGGAAUACGGAGUGAGCAAUAUGUAGCUUGAAUUACGUGUAAAAGUAGAUUUAAAAAAAAAAGAAAGAAAAAAGAAAACAAGACAGCAAAAGCGCUGGUUGUCCUUCGUUGCAGUAACUGCGGGCCUGCAGAACUUUGUUGAGGCAGGAGGAAGUGGGUUUGAGCUAUCUCAAAAAAUGGGCAUCGAACAAUCAGUUUAGGGGUGAGGUGGCGGGUACGGUGGUGGACAGGUACCAAAGCUAUUUUCUCAUCUGUCCUGUGGACGAGCGGGGUUGUGGAGCCAUUGAUACUGCACCAGCUGCUCAGACAAUCAAUAGCACACACUGUUCAGGGAAGAGUCCAUCACUUGUACUUGUGGGAGGAGCUUGUCACAUUAUAUUUCCUCUCCCCAUCCCCUGUCACUUGGGGAUGAUUUCAUCUGCCGGGUCCGGCUUUCACCACACCACCUGUCUUUCUAUUUAUUACACAGACUAGAGGACUAUGGGUCAAGGUAGGCGGAAUUUGUAGAUGCACGCCCCUUUGCGACUAUCUGAAGGACCUUUCUUUUCUUCCCGCCCUCCCUCCACCCCCUUUUAAAAUAAUUUUACACUUUUUUCGUAUCUAUUUCAGAGUCCUAUUUAAAACUAUUUAUUAGUGACUACAGUACCUAAGAUAGCAAGGUUCUUGACAUUACAGUUCUCCGACGGUUGAUGAUCUUGUACUUUAUAAUGUGCCUUAAUAACAAUCCUAUUUAAGAUAUUUAUUUUUAAGUUUUACUAUGCUGCACUCUAAAGGAAGGAACUUUAGAAGUGACACUGUAAAAUUAUGUAUUCAUCUCAUGGCAUAAGUUAUUCAGUAGGUCUAGAUGUAGCAUAUUAAAUAUUAACCUAUUCAACUAAAGACAUUGGCUUUGGAUUUAUUUAAAUUCAUAUGUGCACUGUUCAGGUGGGUACUCAGGUGGGUACUCUCACCUGAACACAUUUGAGUUUAUUUUAGUCUUGAGUUGUUUUAUUUUUGUUUUGCUUUGUUUUGUUUUUUUUUGUUUUUGUUUUUGUUUUUUUAAACAAGCUAUAUUUUGGUUCUGUGCUUCCUCGAUUGCUUUACCCCUGUGGAUCUCAUUUACUGGGAACUCAUGGCAUCCCUGCUUUCCUCAUGUAGUGUAUGUAGUUUUAAAAGACGGCUUUAUAUUUUUUCCUUCUGAAAGUGCGAUACUUGCAAUUUUUACUCUUAAAACUAAAUUGAAUACUAUUUUACACUGUAUUGGACUUUUAUACUUGAAGAACUUCCUACAAGGGACAACAGGUUAGCAUUUUUACGGACUCUCUCUCCAUUGUCACUGGAUUUAAGUAUUCCCAUGCCCAAUAGUGGUACACAAUGGAGGGUGUGGCUCUCCUGUGCAAAUUAUUUAUUUGUUGUGUAUUUCGCUUUAUAAUGUUUCAGAUCUUCUCAUCUAUUCACUUGUAUUAAAUAUAAUUUUUAAAAACUGCU